AGCAGCCGUCUGUCCCUGCCUUCCCACCUAUCUCGAUCCAGGAGCGUGUUACAAGCCCGACAUAUCUCAAAGAUGGAGUUCCGACAAGGGAACGGAUUACGAGUCCGAGGGAACACAUUUCGAGUCCAAUCUUGUCCAGAGAGCAAGUUACAAGUCCUAUUUCAGCUAGAGAGCGCAUUCUGAGCCCUCUCUUGGCCAAGGAGUACAUACCGAGUUCCACUAGGGAGUCGACGGCCAGAACUAGAGAACGAAUCUCCAUUGCCACCCAUCUCGAUCCGCUUCAAGAGAGGGCAUUCAGUCCUACAUCUGCCAGAGAAACAGUUCUUAGCCCUAUGGUCGCAAAGGAGAGACCUCCUAGUCCUGUGGUUACGAGAGAGAGGCUUUCUAGCCCCAUGAUUACCAGAGAGCGUUUUCCUAGUCCCUUGACCUCCAGGGAUUGGGAAGUUUCAAACAUCAUUCAACAUGAGAAUGAACGCGAGGAGAGGGUCGUUAGUCCCAUUUCAAGUAGGGAUCUGGUGAACCCUGAGGCUAUCGGUUUUCAGGAGGACCCACUUAUCUCUCAUUUGGAGCCACGUCGCGAACAAGUAAGCAUGUCCAGCUUGAUAUCAGGACCCUUGCAGCGAGACAGAACGGCGUCAAUAUCAUUCUUGACGUCAUCUUUGGUUAUUGUCCGGCAUCCACAGUCAUCAUCAUCAGAGCGAACCUUCAGCCCAAUUCCCUCUUCCUCUCCGAACGAAAAUACAGGGUCUCCUAAUGUUUCACCUCAUUCCAAGCCACCCAUACCGCCGCCAAUAGUACCUGUUUCUUCACCGAUCAUCCCCCUUCCUACGCCCACCCAGAGAGUUGUGAGCCCGAUUGUUCCUACUCCGACCAGCACUAUGAAGCGGAGCCCUCCAGGAAGCCAGACAGGCCGGGCUAUUGCUCAUGCGCAUGUUUAUGGAAAGGCGGAAGAGCACACGCAGAAGAAAAUCGAAACGAUCGAUGAGGUCAAGGUGGAGAGACGGGAAAGCGUUAUGCCACUGACACCAGCACCCAGUACUCCUAUGAAAGACCACUUGAUGCCUUCGACGGAAAGCGAAUUGGAGCUGAAGCACGCGAAGCACAAAGAGUCAACGCAUUUGCAGCACAAGGACAAAGCCACAGACCCCCCACCAAAGAGGCCAUCAUCAGCCACCGUUCAUAAAGAGAAGCUCACCCCACCCAAGAGACCAUUGUCUGCCACCUCCCACAAGGACGGUAUGACGCAAGAGGAUGCGCACGAAUGGUUCCUCGAGCAUUUUGCCGAUUCACCUGCUCCGAAGAAGAAGAAACCGAACAAUACCUCAUCGCCUGAAGAUGAUCUUACCAAAGAGCUGGAGAGGGAGCUAGCGGAUGUUGACAUGCCGAUGGACGAUGCCAAUGAAGAAGCCGAGCGGAUGGAGGUUGACGUGGAAGAUGAGCUGCUGAGCUUGGUGCAGGACGAGCCUGUUAAGGAGAAAUUGGUGCUGCCGCCUGUUCCGCCUGUCAGAAAGGCCAGUAUGAAGAAGAAGGCUUCUGAGGAGCGCGACAGGGAGUCGAUGCCGCCGCCUGCGACGACGACCGUCAAGACGAAGAAAAAGCCUGGUCCUAAGCCAAAGGCCACGAAAUCUGCGGUCAAAACCACAACGAAAACUGGUCCGAAAGGGAAGAAGGAAGCAUCGGUGUCUCUAAAGGGCAAGGCAGCGUCAAUAUCGGCUUCAAGAUCGCGAUCGACCAGUGUCAUGCCUGGCGAAUCGCAGGAGGAGGGUUUAGAUGAAAAGUCUGAAGAGAAGGAGAAGGAGUUAGAGGACGACAAAGUAUACUGCGUGUGCAAACGGAAGUACGACGAAGGCCGGUGUAUGAUUGGUUGCGAUAGGUGUGACGACUGGUACCAUACCCAGUGCGUGAAUAUGUCGGAGCUGGAAGUUGAUCUGGUGGACCAGUUCAUAUGUCCACCCUGUAUUCAGAGUGCGCGGUCUUUCGUCUCAGAGUCUUUCUUGUGGCUGAUCUGUUAUGACUCAGAAAAUCCUCACCUGAACCUGAAGACGACAUAUAAAACCAGAUGUCUAAAUGGACUUGACGAUCCCAACCCGUCCUCUACUGAGGCAUGCCAUCGGCCAUCAAAAGGUGCCUUGAGCAAGUACUGCUCGCCUGAGUGCGGUAUAAAGUACAUGCGACGAAGGAUCGACGCUUAUACGGAGAAGGGUGGUAGUCGAGAGGUGCUAUGGUCCAAGGUGAAAGACGCUGAACGACGAGAAGGGGUCGUAGUUCACUGUCAAACCGGUGCCGUGAUGAAGAGCAAGACCAAGGCGGAGCGGGAGGUCGAACGCUUGAGUGGACCGCUGGAAGCCAUUGGUAAGGCACGGACAGGACUGCGACGUGCAAUGGAGUGUGUUCUCUGGCGACAACGGGUGUGGGAGCUCGCGUGCCAGCGGGCUGAGGAAGGGGGUGACAUCUGUGGGUGGGAUCAACGACUCUGCUUCGGUGAGGAGGAGUGGGAGGAGUGGGGUGACGGGGUCGAAGAGAGUUAUGCUGCUGAUGCGGACGAUACUGAUGCCGAAUGGUGGUGUCCCGGUCCAAAGGAUUGCGAACGGCAUCAUGGUUGGCAGUCCAUUCGCCAGGACGACAUCAAUAACGAGAAGACAAAGGGUGAAGAGGCCAUCAUGAAACUCACGACCAAAGAGAGAGAAAUACGCAAACAAAUGGAGGAUCUCUUAGGCGCUGAGAGCACAGACAUUGACAGAGACACCAAGCCUGGGCCCUUGAAGAGCAAUGGCAAGGUCAUCAAUGUCCAUGGGAACGGGCUUAAGAACGUCAAGGGGAAGGUAAAGGCGAACGGGGAUGACAAGAAGACUCUGAAGAGGAAGAAACGAUAGUACAUAGUUUGCUGCCAUGACUUUACUCACCUACUUACUGAUCUUGUAUUUUUAUUUCUCUUUUGUAGCUCAUUCCUCGUGUCAUCGUCUGCUUUGUUACUUGCAUGUAUAGUCAACCUCGAUAGUCAAUGUCAAUAGUACAAUAUGAAACACACAACGUAGAGAGGUCAUCAGUAAUGUAG